AUGGGUCACUUCCUCGUUUUUGAGACGGAUCCCAACUGGAAACCCGACCCCAAGAACUUUUCCAACUGCAUUCACGUCCCUCCCAUCUGGGAAGUCGAUCCCGAGGGUAAUCGCGAAUGGUACAUCCCUCCCCCCGGCUGCCGUCCCAGUCGCCCCACUAGUCACGACUUUGACGAUCCCCACCCCGUUUCCGCUAUCACUUUUUCCUCCGUUGCUCCUUCCCCCGGCUGCCCCGCCUACGUUCCCGCCCCCAUAAGCAUUGGCGCUACCCCCUUCUCCGCCUCCGCCGCUGGUGCGUCCUUCACCAUUGCAUCCGGCGGCGCCCCCUCCACCUCCACCAGUGCCACCACAGAGGCUGAAAAGAGUGCCGAUCAUGAGGAGGCAGCAAAGACCGUCGAUCUACGCACCACAGGCUAUUUUCGCGAGAUCUGGAAUCAAGGUCGACUUGGAAGCUGCGCUCCCCACGCCGUCGCUGGUGCGUUCACCUUUGUGCACCAGAAACAACUUGAUAGCCAAGUGGACCACUUUGAACCUUCCCGACUCUUCAUUCAUUACAAUAUGCGUGCGAUGUAUGAUGAAGUCGAUAAGGACAACGGAGGCACCGUGUUUGAAGGAUUGUUGAGCGUUUCGGACAAGGGUGUGUGUCCUGAGGAGGACUGGAAAUAUUUACCGUGGGGUAGCCACGUCCCCCGGACAAGAGGAUAUGUAUUGGAGGCGGGUUCGCGGGCGACCGUGCAGCCCUCUGACCUGGCCUACGAACGCGCCCUCGAGCACACUGUUACUGAGUACGUGCAAUUGGCGGUCAACAAGAACUCGGGGACCGAUGCCGAGUAUGACUUCGAUCUCGAUGUACUGCGUAAAUGUCUCGAUGAUGGGUACCCCUUCGUGUUCGGGUGUCAUGCUUUCAGGAACGCCAUAGCUGCUGGCUUUCUGGAUGAUGGUACUCUUAAGGCACCCAAGGAUGCGGAUAAAGGCAACGGCUCGAUAGGCCAUGCGCUGAUGGGGGUUGGGUACGAUGAUACAACGCAGUGCUUCACUAUUCGUAAUUCCUGGGGUCCUACGUGGAACGGUAAUGGAUGUUUUAUGAUGCCGUACGAUAUCAUAGCUCACCCGAGGGUCGCCUACGACUUCUGUACCAUCCGCAAAGUAAAGGAAUGA